AUGCCCAUCUUGACGUCCUUACGCCAGAGACCGACUUAUCUCUACGUCAAGGUAUACUGCCUCUGUGCGCUCGUCACUCUUUUUCAAGCAGCUCCCGUAUCUUCUCGCAUUCCACAACUCGGACAGACCCUCCAACUCAGCAAGUACAGCCUCAUACGGACACGUUUGGGUCCACGUAUUGUACCUGUCGAAGAAGCCACUCCUCUGCUGAGCCACCACGCCUCGACGUCUUCGCAAGCUGACCACCCUCAAUCACCAAACGAGGUCAUUAUCUCGAGCGAUGUACUUGGCCAAGGCGAACAAGGGUCCGUGAUCAAAAAGCUUCUGAGACGAUGGUCGGGUAGAGCAAGGGAUCUCGCCCAUGUCAAACGCCUGCUCGCUGCUGAUGCCAAGGAUACUAAGGCCUAUCCCGAGCUUCACUGGGAUGCAAAUGUCCGUAGGUCCUCAGCGCUGCAUCCUGAGGAGGUCAAUUUUUUGCGCAAAAGACAGCAACGCUUGUCAUCGCAAGGUCAAGACCAUCUGAAACGCUUCCUCAACCUUCCAGCAGCAGAGAAAGUGGACCCCCGCGAUGUGCCACUGGUUGCACUCGGCGGUUCGGGUGGCGGCUACCGAGCCAUGUACGGCUUUGCAGGCUUGAUCGCCGCAGCCAAACGUUCCAAGCUGUGGGACUGCAUUUCCUGGGCUGGAGGAGUGAGCGGAAGCUGUUGGACGCUGGCCGCCUAUUACAGCAUCGCAUAUCAAGAUGCAGACCGUCUCGUCAGGCACUAUCUAGCUGUUGCAACCGAGCUUGCGCAUCCCAUGAGCGUCCAUGCGCUAGAUACAGUGGCAAGAAGCAGCCGUGGUGUCUACUUCCUACUGGGUCCCCUUGUACGCAAAGCGCAAGCUGGUAUAGUGGGACUUGGCAUCAUGGAUCUCUAUGCCACACUGACCACCUCGUACCAAUUCUUGUCAAGAGAACCGAGAGCGAGACUGAGCAGAGCCAGCUUUCAGUUCUCCAAAGUCUGGUCUCGAUCGGGGAUCAGCUCUGGACACGAGCCUCUGCCCAUCUUCACGGCUGUCCGUGUAGCACCUCACGAUGCACCAGGUGUCCGACCGCAUUCCGACUCAUCGCUCAGCAAGGGUCAGCCCCCAAAACGCGCCCUCACACAGCAUCAGUCGGCAGCGUCGACUGCGCUAGCGCCCGACCGCGCCUCGUACGUUUCAGAUCCACCGUCGAAUGCUCAAUUAUCGUCUGCCGUUGAUAACAGAACAGAUGUGUUUGCCCUCCCUGCUGCUAAAGGGUACUUUCAGUGGUUCGAGGCGACUCCGCUCGAAGUUGGAAGUGCCGAUGUACAAGGCUAUAUCCCAACGUGGGCGUGGGGUCGUCCGUUCGUUUCUGGCCGCUCGCUGGACCGUAGACCAGAAGGAUCUCUUUCUCUUCUGUUGGGUCAGUGCACAAGCGCUCCUGCAGGCCCACUGACUGGCUACAUCACAGCUCUGCUGGCGUCCCUGCCAAAGGGCACCGCCAUGUCACGCACCCUGCACUUUUUCAACAACUUUGUCCGGAUGAAGCGAUGGGAGCGCAGAUGGGGAAAUCCACUUCGUGCAGGUGACGAGCCCAAUCCAUUUUACGGCCUCAAUGUCUCUCCUGUGUCCAGAAUCAGUGGUAACAGCGUAGCGACCACCAGCAUCCUAGGCAUCGGCAUCGAUAUUUUGCAUGUACCGCGCCUACGGCAGCUCGCACAGCGUCGCAAGUGCUUAUCAAAUGACGUCUCGGCUGGUGCGAACGAGUGCUCCAAAGGUCAUCGGAUAGGCGAGCUGGCAGCAUUGAAUAAGCUAGCCAAACGUAUCCUUUGCGAAUCGGAGUGGGAGGAGUAUCACGAUCUCGCACAAUCUCAGUCCGAGACCUCUGCCACGUACACGCACCUCGAGCAGUUCAUCGCAAAUCGAUGGAGUGCAAAAGAAGCUGCUUACAAGGCAUUGUACCCGAAAUGGGUCGUCUCUUGGAAAGAGCUUUGCGUGCAUAAGCCUGGUGCUUCAGAUGGAAGCGUCAACGUUGGUCCGCUUGAGCAAAAAGGCUUUCGCACCAGGAAGCCCUCGCUGUCUUUUUCGGAAGAGUGGCGAUCAAAGCAUCCAGAUAUCUCGUCGAUACCCAAGCUCCACCUUAGCCUUUCGCACGAUGGCGAGUAUGUAGUGGCCAACGUGCUAGUUGAAGACACGACCACUUUUUUGAACAAUGCAAAGACAAGGAAUGCUGAGGCAUUUGACGAACUUAGCGUCUCGCUUCCGUCUUACGACGCAAACCUGGGCACGUUGGAGGAUGGUACCGAGUUAGAGCUGGGUAGCAAUCCUUUAUCGCUUCCAGCCGUCACACAGGCGCAGAGUACAGACAAGGUGGAAGACGACACCAAACGCAGCACUCCAUGGGAAUCACAAGGACGCAUCCGACUCAUGGAUGCGGGCAUGUCCAACAACCUUCCAAACCACAUUCUGGCACGCAAAGAACGCUCCGCCGACAUCAUCAUCGCCUUUGAUGCCUCUUCCGACGUACAAGCAGGCUCAGCAAUGCAACGCAUUCACAAUUUCGCCGACGACUGCCAAAUCACGCUAUCGGACCAAACGCAUCUCUUUGACCCGAUCCAACCUGUUUGCACAGACCAGGAGAACAAGGUGGAUCGAUCGAUCGAAUUGAAAUUUCUCGACCAGUACGCACGAGUUCUACAAGGCGUACGGGAUGAGGACGGAUCGACGUUCUGGCUGAUCUACUGCCCUUUGCUGCCCAAUCCUACAAAUCCAGGGUAUGAUCCGAGCACUUCAUCGUUCAGCAACUCGUACAACCUCGUUUGGACGCCUUCGCAGGUCAGGACAUUGUUGGCGACUUCAGAGGCGAAUCUGGAACUGUAUGCUCUGCAAAUGGUCAGACAGGUGAUGCGCAAAAUGUACUAUGAUAAGAAGGCUGCACGUCUUGCCUCCGCCUGCUUUCCGAACAAUGUUUGA